UACAAUUUCAGUGUUAAGCAACAGCAGAAAUAAACCAACGACGCACGUGUUUCUGCAAACGUUUUAAUAUUAACUCUGCCCCUCAGUGAAGCACACAGGCCGAGAGGUUGCAUUUAAGUUUUUGACGAAAUCUACACAGAAAAAAGAUAACAAAAAUCACCAAAAUGACCGAGGAAGUGAAUCCCAAAGCAUUCCCACUGGCCGAUGCCCAAUUGACCGCCAAGAUAAUGAAUCUGCUGCAGCAGGCCCUCAACUACAACCAGCUGCGCAAGGGAGCCAACGAGGCAACCAAGACACUGAAUCGCGGCUUGGCUGAUAUUGUUGUCCUGGCUGGCGAUACGGAGCCCAUCGAGAUUCUGUUGCACUUGCCGCUGCUGUGCGAGGACAAGAAUGUGCCGUAUGUGUUUGUGCGUUCCAAGCAGGCAUUGGGACGUGCCUGCGGCGUGUCCAGGCCCAUUGUGGCCUGCUCUGUGACCACCAACGAGGGUAGUCAGCUGAAAUCGCAGAUUACCUCCAUACAGCAAGAAAUUGAAAGGCUGUUAGUUUAAGUUGAGAGGCGACUCUCGAAAUCCGUACAAAUAUGUAAACUGUAAUAUUAAUAAAAAAAAAAAUAGUGUAUUUUUUGUAAUA